AUGGCUCGUCGCGCUCAGAAGGCCCGUAGUCCUUCAUCCAGCGAUAGCGAGUUCUCUGAUCAAGAAAGCGUCGGGGACAAUCAAUCCGACACUGAUCUGACAGAAUUCGAGGAUGACGCAGGGCAACCAGGCGACAUCAACGACGCAGCUCUACUCUUCGCCGACAAUGAGCACUCGCCUGAGUACUACAUUCGACAACUCCAAGACUUUGACGAGACUGUGUACACUCAGGAGGAUUACGGCAAAGGUACUACAGCCCUCCUCGACCGAAUUGAGGAGAAGUGGAUCCAGUUCUGCUGCUUCAUUCGAAAAGACCCGAACGACGAAUAUCGUCGUAUAUCGAUUCCAAUCUUGUAUAACUUCCUUGAAUGGGCUCUCAACCUACGACGGGGCAAGAAUGGGCGAAGGCUUCCAGGCAUUAAGUGCAAAAGCUCCUUGGACACAUUCUGGAAGGUCUUCCGGCUCGUGUAUGAGAGGUCCACUACCAACAAGAUUGGGAAUCAGAUGAACCGGAGGAUGCGUCGGGUGAUCCGACGAUUGGCAAAGAAGUAUAAACUGUCAACCAAAGGGCGAGAAAAGCCUCCUAUGGACGUGGAGGAUCUAGCAAAGGUCGUUGAGACUACCGUGAGCACAACAAAGAAGAAAUUUGGCCAUGGUCGCCACCGUAUUGCACUUGGGCUGUUCUUGCAGCUCGCAGGUCUCACAACAAAUCGUCCUCAGGCCAUACUCGAUCUGCGAUAUCGUCACAUCCAAGUCAGUCUUUUACGUGACCCACAAGGCGGUCCGCACCGUAUUGUUAUCGAGUUCACCUUCGAGUUCACCAAGGAAUGGCUAGGGGCUAAGGACGCGAACACAUAUAUUCUGCCCGAGAUCAUUUUUGAUCCUUCCUUAGUCCUGAGCCCGCAUGUGUUCCUGUUAGGUCUUCUCUUUGCAGAUCGAGCUUUCGAUCGGGUGGAUGGCGAAGAAGUACUUGUGUCUGCAAGCCAACUUACUCGACUUCGAAUUCGUGAUCAGUGUAAUGAGCUACGACUACAGCUUGACCCGAUGAUGGAUGAUGUACCGGUAUUCCGGAUGUCUGAACGGAGUUUGAAUGGAAUCGGCAUCUCCCCUUCCAAUGCUCUUCCUUAUUCAACUUUGGAACCAUGGGUAAAAAGAAUGGGUGUCAUUACAGGCAUUAAACAAGUCACACGCCCAUAUAGCUUGCGAUAUGGGGCGGGGUCGGCGUUAGAUAGUAGUGCCUCUGUCAGUGAUUCUUUGCGAAAUUUAGUAAUGCAUCAUGCCGAUACUCGCACUUUCUUGAAGUUCUAUCUCAGUAGAAGGAUCUCUAAGAACUUACCAGCGAUCAUCCGCGGCCUCGAUCCAGAAGAGGAUAUCAUGCGUGCGGCUUGCCGGAUGAGCCGGACCAUUGAUCCAGACCGUCCACAAGAGUUGACGACCGAGCAGUCCACGUCUGUGAACCAGCUCCCGGAAAUUGCGGCCGUGCUACGUCAGCGGGAUGACAUCGCUCGAUCCCUAGGGCGCCCUUUAUCACAGAAUAAAGGAACGCCCGCGUAUGAGAGAUACAGAAGACUGAACCAAGAGUUAAUCGGCGCCAAGAAGCGUGCACAGGACGCCCUGCUUUUGCAGAUACAGAGCAAAUACGAUAGAGAACAGCCAAUGCUGGAGAUAAAGCGCCAGCUUUCCGGGAUUGGGCCGGCUGACUCGAGUAAGAAACCGCUGGAAUGUUCCACUGAAGUUCCGAUUCCGCAGCAACGACUCAUCAAGAGCCUCUUAACUUUGCCUCGAACAACGUUGGAAGAGGAGAUGGCUCGGAGAACAGAAGCAAUUGAUGCAGUGGCUGCUUAUUGCCAGUUCGAAGAGGGAGACACUUGUCGCUUGCCACGAAAUAAACGGAUGGAGAACAAGGUGGUUGGGACUAAGGCGGUUGACGAUGAACGUUUGGAGAGCGCGGGCGAGGCAGUGCUCUCUCAACCGGAAACGCCAUUUGAGUCUGCGCUUCGAUCUAUCAUGAAGGACCAUCGUCCUCUUUUCUGCUUCAUAUGUUUGGGUCAACAAGGCUUGGAUGUCACGAAACGAAUUCAAAAAUUCCACUCACACGCUGAUGUGACGAAACAUAUUAAGCGGAAACAUUUGGGAAACCUCACUUCAAGCACGAUCAUUACAUGCAAUAUUUGCGAUGAGAAGUUCUCCGAGCCUAUGCAUCUUCAGCGACACGCAUUUGAUCUUCAUAAGACUUUGACUGGGCCCCUGGUUCAGUUAGACAGCUGCGCUGCUGCUUGA